UUUCCUUUCCUUCAACUGUCAAGUUGACCAAUUGUCUUAUUUAUCCAAUUAUUUGAAUCUGAAUAUUCCACUUCUACAGAAUUUAGCCCACGCUAUGAUCAUUUAAAGAGCAAAGACUUGUUCUUUCCCAUAGAUCUAGGAUUCGCCAUGGAUGUAGAAGGAAGAGCGAGCAAGGGCAAGUCUCUCACUUUGAACCUCGAGCAAGGUCAACAAGAAAAGGGUACCCAAAAUGAUGAUUAUGGUCUCGCUUCUGCUCAUGCUAUUGACCAAGAUUCGUGGCAACAAGUGGGGCUGAUGCUGGUGACAAGCUUCAAUUGCGGGUGGAUAUUAAGUUUUUCUAAUUUGGUCAUGUGGCCACUGGGUUGGACAUGGGGUAUCAUAUGCCUUAUUGUUGUGGGAUUCUACACUGCCUAUGCAAACUGGCUCUUGGCAGCAUUUCAUUUCAUCGAUGACCGUAGAUUCAUUAGAUACAGAGAUCUCAUGGGAUAUGUUUACGGCAAGAGUAUGUACCACCUCACCUGGGUCUUCCAGUUUUUGACCCUUCUUCUUGGAAAUAUGGGUUUCAUCCUCCUCGGAGGCAAGGCACUUAAGGCAAUAAACUCAGAAUUUAGUGAUUCUCCCUUGAGGCUCCAAUACUACAUAGUCAUCACAGGAGCUGCUUAUUUCUUGUAUUCCUUCUUCAUUCCAACAAUAUCUGCGAUGAGAAAUUGGUUGGGAGCUUCAGCGGUGCUCACUUUCACAUAUAUUAUAUUACUUCUAAUUGUUUUAGUUAAAGAUGGAAAAUCAAGGUCGAAUAGGGAUUAUGAUUUAAGUGGAAGUGAAGUGAGCAAGGUUUUCAAUGCUUUUGGUGCCAUCUCCGCGAUCAUCGUUGCCAACACUAGUGGCUUACUCCCCGAGAUUCAGUCCACUCUACGUAAGCCAGCGGUGAAGAACAUGAGGAAGGCCCUGUAUUUACAAUAUACAGUGGGAGUUCUGUUUUAUUAUGGCGUUACCGUAAUGGGAUAUUGGGCUUAUGGAACAAUGGUGUCGGCAUAUCUUCCAGAAAACUUGAGUGGUCCUAAAUGGAUUAAUGUCCUCAUUAAUGCCAUCGUCUUUUUGCAGUCCAUAGUCUCCCAACAUAUGUUUGUAGCACCAAUUCAUGAGGCAUUGGACACUAAAUUCCUAGAAAUUGACAAGGCCAUGCAUUCAGGGGAGAACUUGAAACGCUUAUUUCUCCUACGUGCGUUUUUCUUUACAGGGAACACAUUCGUUGCUGCAGCAUUUCCUUUUAUGGGUGACUUUGUAAACUUUCUUGGCUCAUUUUCACUCGUUCCUCUGACCUUCAUGUUCCCCAGCAUGGUCUUCAUCAAGGUUAAGGGAAGAACAGCUAGAAUAGAGAAGAAGGCGUGGCACUGGUUCAACAUCGUUUUUUCUUUUCUGCUCACAAUAGCAACCACAAUUUCAGCAAUUCGGUUGAUAGUCAACAACAUCCAAAAGUAUCAUUUCUUUGCAGAUGCAUGAUUGCUGAUCUCAUUCAGCUGUAUGGCUUAAUUUCGGUUUAAAUUAGGCCAACAGUUGUAUAAUAUAAUAAAUAUGAAAUAUAUUGGAUGAGCUUGAAUAGUUAAAAAUAUAAAAAAGCUCAAUAAAUAAAGUUAUUAUAUCAUUGGCUCAAUGGUCAUUUAUUUUUAUUUUUUUUUCAUUUUGGUACCGUAUUGCAAACGAUGACGUGAUAGUGGUAAUAGAAAAUGUUAGAUUAGUGUCACACAUUGGCAUUUAA